UGAUAAAGACCAGAAAGAGCAAAAGAAGGCUGCGGAAGGGCCGGGAACAGAGGCGAGUGAGAAAGAAAUAACUAAGGAACGUCAAGAUACUGCAGUGGGUAAGAUAGAUGAUCCUACUGGAAAACUUCAGGGAAUUCAAACACAAAUAUCAUCUGAAACCGCCCCAAGUUCUUCUUCGUCUGUUGAUUCUUCUGCACCACGUGCUGGUGGCCCAACAAAAAGUGAAGAAACCUUAUCUAAGCAGAGUGAGAGUGGUGGUCCCGCACAAGAUACUAGUAACCAAAACGAUAAACGUCAAGGUGAC